UAUUUACCUGAAUGUCAAUAACGUGUUCAUCAGUAGAUCUACUCUUCUUGAUUUAAGACUACAAAGACAUAUCUGAAAUGGCAUCUUUAGUUGAAAGUACACCAGACGUUCUUACUUGCUCGAUAUGUCUCGAAAUAUUUACAAAACCUAAAUUUUUACCUUGUUUACAUACAUUUUGCGAAAGUUGCUUAUUGACCUAUAUUACUUCCGGGUUUGAAAAAGGAAUUAAACAAACCAUAGAAUGUCCUGUUUGCAGAGGACCAGUUGCAGUCCCGAAGGAUAAUUGUACACCGGAAGAAUGGGUAAAGUUAAUUCCUCUUAAUUUUCUCAUUUCUGGCAUGUUAGAGAAUAAAAAAUUAAGCAGACUUGAGAAACCAUGUAUGUUGUGCGAGAGGUCCAACAGAAAAUCUGUGGCUAAAGCUGUCGUUAUCUGCUUGCAGUGCGCUGAUACCUUAUGUGAAACAUGCGCGAAGUAUCAUAGCCUGAUGAAAUUUACGUCAGAUCACGUAAUAAAGCCUCUUGAUGAAUAUUUAUCAGAUGAUAAGAAGAAUCUGACUGUUUUUAAAAACACCUGUUCUGAACACCCGAAUAAAAUUAUCGAACUUUAUUGCGCGGAUCACGAGUGUCCGUGUUGCUCAAUUUGUAUCUCUAUAAAACAUCGACGAUGUGAAAAGGUUCAGACCAUUGAUGAGGCAGCGGAGGGAAUAUUAUCAUCGGCUAUGGUUCAAGAUAUUAGACAAGGAUUGCAAGAUGUGUGCAAUGAUGUGGACACUGUUCUAAAAGACCGCAAUGAUAAUUUAACACAGCUUGAAAAAGAGCAUGAAAAAGAACUAAAGACUGUGGAUAAGACAUUCCAGAGUCUUAGAGAUAAGUUGGACGAACAGCAGUCAUUGCGUAAAGAUUUACUUCAGAAAACCUUUAACGAGAAGAAAGAUAUUAUUGAAACGGAAAUAGUUAAAUUUGAAAAUAAUAGGAAGGCAAUUGAAAAUGAACGAAAACUUUUGGAAAUAUGCGUAACAGAGGCUUCAAAUGUGCAAGUAAUGAUGGAAGUACAUAAAUUUAAGACACAACUAUCCAAACAUAAGAACACUUUACGCGAUAAUAACGAUCUUCAAAUCAUAACACUUAGUUUGAAAAACCCGGAAUAUCAGUCAAUUAUUAAUCAAAUUGAGAAGCUUUGCUUGGUGCAUUGUGACAUCACGGCAAAUACCCUGUCAAUGAAAAGUCAACCUAUUUCUACGAUUUUCAAAUUCAAUAGGUUUGCAACACUUGGAUCAGACACUGGUGCUUGGGUAGUCAAAGGUAACGAACCAGAUGCAGUUUCUUUUUUAGUUUCAAAACAAGUUUUAUGCUCUGGCUUCUUAACAUAUGGCAGCAAACAAAUGUCAAACUCUUGCACCAUUCAAGCUACCAUUAAAUAUGGGAGAGACAUUUUAAGGGAAAUUACUACAACCUUGCAUGACAAAAAGUUUGAAAACGAGGUAACUGAAAUUCUUCUGCCAAGGCCUGUGACACUUUCACCAAAUGAACAAUACACAAUUGUUUUUAUCUUUAACAGUCAAUCACUAUGUAACUAUGGUGAACAAGGAAAGUCUACAUUAGAACAUGAAGAUAUUGUCUUCAGUUUUAAAGAUUCAGAUAUCAGCAGCAAUGGAACGAAUGUAACACAGGGACAAAUCCCCGGGAUAUUGUUUAGGAAGGCAUGCGUGUAAUAAAGUUUUGUUCCAUUUCCUGAAAGAAGA